CAUUUUGGACUGUGCGUGCUCCCUGGGAGCGCGCAGCACGGCGAUCCGUGGAACACCGUCAUUGUACGGGACCUCUGUGUGAGGCCAAUCAGUGAUCACAUGCAGAUUAGUAAGCAAGAUGUCACUUCUGACAUAAUUGCUUACUACGUGUGAAAUCUGUGAAUGAUCACAGAGAUCACAUUGUACAGGGCUAUUCACAACAGCCUUGAACCGUGUGACAAACUGUGGGCAAUCACAGCUCACACAGUAGUUCUCAAUGGCUGCAAGAAUGCAGCCAAGAGAAAGAGAAAUGAUUGCUU